CGGCCGGAAGUAGCACUUUCCCGGAAGGUUCGGAAGCAAACGCAACGGAACCGGCUGCGAGAAGCAGGAUCUUCACUGACGCGGCCUGGGCCCGGGAUUGGGCCCGAUAGGGCCGGAGCGGGAAAUGGCAGCCGGGGCCUGGACCGCCUGCUAAGCCGUCGCGGGGAGCGCACUCCGUAGGGAUUAGCGGCGGUUAGGGCAUGGCCGGAAUCGGGGUCCCAGCUCCGGGGGACUCUCUCCUAGGCCCGGAGGCCGAGAAGGGCACCGGGGCCUCCCCACAACCGCCUCUGGCCCCGCCGCCUCCGCCUCCGCCUCCGCCGCCGCCGCCGCUCUCGCCUCAGGGGCCGGCGGCGCCGGUGCCUCUGCAGCGGGAGCCGCUGUACAACUGGCAGGCGACCAAGGCGUCGCUCAAGGAGCGCUUCGCCUUCCUCUUCAACACGGAGCUGCUGAGCGACGUGCGCUUCGUGCUGGGCAAGGGCCGCGGGGGCGCCGGGGCGGCCGCGGCCGGGGGCCCCCAGCGCAUCCCCGCCCAUCGCUUCGUGCUGGCCGCCGGCAGCGCCGUCUUCGACGCUAUGUUCAACGGCGGCAUGGCCACCACCUCGGCCGAGAUCGAGCUGCCCGACGUGGAGCCCGCCGCCUUCCUGGCGCUGCUGAGAUUUCUUUAUUCAGAUGAAGUUCAGAUUGGUCCAGAAACAGUCAUGACAACUCUUUAUACUGCUAAGAAAUAUGCAGUUCCAGCUUUAGAAGCACAUUGUGUGGAUUUUCUCACCAAACAUCUUAGGGCAGAUAAUGCCUUUAUGCUUCUCACUCAGGCUCGAUUAUUUGAUGAACCUCAGCUUGCUAGUCUUUGUCUAGACACUAUAGACAAAAGUACAAUGGAUGCAAUCAGUGCAGAAGGUUUUACUGAUAUUGACAUAGAUACGUUAUGUGCUGUUCUGGAAAGAGACACGCUUAGUAUUCGAGAAAGUCGACUCUUUGGAGCAGUUGUUCGCUGGGCAGAAGCCGAAUGUCAGAGACAGCAGCUGCCAGUGACUUUUGCAAACAAACAGAAGGUGCUAGGAAAAGCACUCUCAUUAAUCCGUUUCCCACUGAUGACUAUUGAGGAGUUUGCUGCAGGUCCUGCUCAAUCUGGAAUUUUAUCAGACCGAGAAGUGGUAAAUCUCUUCCUUCAUUUUACAGUCAAUCCUAAACCCCGAGUUGAAUACAUUGAUCGCCCAAGGUGCUGCCUCAGGGGAAAAGAAUGCAGCAUCAAUAGAUUCCAGCAAGUAGAGAGUCGUUGGGGUUACAGUGGAACAAGCGACCGAAUUAGGUUCACAGUUAAUAGAAGAAUCUCCAUAGUAGGAUUUGGGUUAUAUGGUUCUAUUCAUGGGCCCACAGAUUAUCAAGUGAAUAUACAGAUAAUUGAAUAUGAAAAAAAACAAACUCUGGGACAAAAUGAUACUGGAUUUAGUUGUGAUGGAACAGCUAACACUUUCCGGGUCAUGUUCAAAGAACCUAUAGAAAUUUUACCCAAUGUCUGCUAUACAGCCUGUGCAACACUCAAAGGUCCAGAUUCACACUACGGCACAAAAGGAUUGAAGAAAGUUGUACAUGAAACACCUGCUGCGAGCAAAACAACGUUUUCAUUCUUUAGUUCUCCUGGCAAUAAUAAUGGUACAUCAAUAGAAGAUGGACAAAUACCAGAAAUAAUAUUUUAUACAUAAUUCAGCAAAUAAACAUACUAAUCUGAAAGGCAUAACUAACUAGCUGCUAAUGUUAGUAGUGUGUUAUGAAUGUUCAUAAUUUUAAUAUAUAAGAAACAUUUUAGUUUCUUAGGAAAGAUAAAAAAAUGUCCAUAUUGGCUUUGCAUGAUAAUCAUCAGGCUAUAAAGAAUUUAAUGGAAAGUGUUUCAUUUUCAUAUAACUCUAGGAGAAAAGUGCAGGACUUUAAUUGUAAAAAAUAUGUAUUUAAGCAGCUACUUGUGCUUUCACUUGUAUAAUUUCAUAAAUCAGCUUGUUUGGCUGAUAGUCUUUCAUUAGUUUUUAAAUGGAAAGAUCUUUACUUGUUAAGGACUGUUGAAGUUUGGGUUUUUUACUGUUUUGCCAAAUGGAUGGGUGAAUUGAUCCAUGUGGGCUUGGUCAGUAUUCUUGCUAAACCUUUUAUUAAUUCAAGUAACUGUUUUCAGGAAAUAUGAAAACUGGAUUUGUAUCUUUGGUUUUGGAAUCUUGGGGAACCAUGAACGUUUAUCUUGUGAUAGACAUUUGGAAUUGCAUUAAAUGUUUCUAAGUGUUGAAAAGCAUUUAUCUGCUUACCUGAGGAAAUCUGGAGCCCAUUUAAAGAAAUGGUUAUUUUGUAGUAGUAUAGUAAUGUGGUUACAUAGUAGAACUUAUAAACUACAAAUUGGAGUUUUAUAUAAAUAAAUCUGCAGUAAUGUAAAAUGUGAAAAAGCAGUUAUCCAAGACUGGAUGCUCUAUCACUAUGCGUGUAAUUUCUUUGAGGGGAGGAGGGAUUUGGAAUGAUACUUUAUGUUCCAGAGAAUGAGAUGAUUAUAAUGAUUUAUUACAUAGAGAUCUGUUAAACAUUUCAUUGAUAGUGCUGCACAAUAAAUAGGGCAUAGCCCUGACACCUUGCUACCAAAUACCUCUAAUAAAACUACUUUGUAGUUUUAUUAAUAUCUCAGAGGUCUAUAUCUGUCGCUCAUAAUGUUACUUCCUUUGUAUUAUAUUCCUUUAUAUUUGGGGCUUUAUUAAACUAUCAUGAAUACAGCUGUUCCAGCAUAUUUGAAGUAGAGCAGGUAAAAUUAUAUUGCUAUUUUUUUUUAAGUAAAUGAUUUAAGUGUCUUAGGUUUUAAUAAAUUUUAUGCUAUGAGAAAGGAAUUUCAAAGAAUUUCUUAAGGAAGAAACAUUAAGUAGAAUGUUUGAAUAAAAAGCUUUCAUCUGAAAUAGAACUUUAGUUUAUAAAAAAUUUUUUAAAGUAGGGGCAGGGAAGUAUGGAGGUAACCUUUAUUUCUCAGAAUAACUGGGAAAAGGGGGGAAAGACUUAGAUUUUUGUUUUUGAUACCGGUGACUGCAAAGCAGUGAAAAUUCUUGGUUACUUGUAAUGCCCAAGGAAAUGAAUUCUGGUUAACUCAGGGUUAAUCAGAAAAUACUUUUUUGUUUGAACCUUUGCCUAAAAUAUUUCUAACAUAAUUCUACACGAUCCUAUUUUGGUAAGUAUAAUGUCCCAAAGAUAUUUAGUCUAUUUCUUGACUGGACUUUUUACAAAGUCUCAGGAUCACUAUUAUGAACAUUAAAUAUAAUUUUAGGUUAGAUAUAUCUGUAGAAAGGUGUAGAAAAUUGAACAGAAUUGUAUUGUCCUAAAGGUCAAGCCUUAGAAGUUGAAUUUUAAAAUAUAUUUAUUCUGUCAGUCUUGGGGGUGGUUCUGGCUUUGAAAUAGAUUUCUAGUUGAGGGUCUUUGCUAAUAAAGGUUUCCCUUUUUUAGUUUAUGGAAAUAGUGUGAUAAUAAAAGUAUAUCCUUACAACCUUAUUGAUAUAA